AUGCAAGGCAGGAGACGGGCGAUUCGGCCCGGGGUGUUCGGGAACACAGAAAACAAGAUAAGUCGGCAAAAGUCGUCGGUAAAACAUAGAACUACGUUUGGUGGUGGAUGUCCGUACGCAGAAAUCCCUGCGCGCCGACUAGGAGGUCAGUGUUUGUGCUGUGACGUUCGUUCCGUCCGGCACGGCUGCACUGUAAAACGAGUGCCCGCGCGGCGGUUGUACACACGCGCGCGCACGGACAACGCAUUUUACAAACAAAGCUAUUUUACUACAUACUACCGCAGAUACUACGCGACGGCGGCGGCGGCUGUUUAUACGUUACUACUACGCACGCUCGGCGGCUGUGCGUGCGUGGGAGAGUGAGCGAGACGGACCGACUCUCUCCGACCGAUCGUUCCAUCCUUCGUGCACCGCUCGCUUUAUGCCCGAGACUCGCACACGCCGCCGUCGUUCCAAUCAAUUGUGAAACAACAGCGUGCCCCGCGCACCGCCCCGUCAUCGGUGUGACGACGGCCAUCGGGGUACGACGUACGCGCACUCGCACACAUGCAUACGAGCGCGCGCACACACAUUGUAUACGACGACGACCGCCGCCGGGCCCCAUAGUUUUCUGCUUUUACAACCACUACAGUACUGCUGCCGUAGAGGCCUGUUGUACACACGCUUAGCUUUGUAGAGCUCCGUGUGUUACUGUGUUGUAGCCGACGACACUACUACCGCCGCCGUAGAGCGCGCGCGCGCUCAAUCCGUUUUACCCUCCGCUGUGUACGCUUUAUUUUUUUCUGUCUACUACGGGCAUCAGUUUUUUUCCCGAACGGAUAUUAUUAAUCCGCCGUCUUGACUAACUACCUUGCCCGCGUACGGUGUUCGAUUUCUCAAAAAUACCAGAACGCGCCGUGUCGCCGUUCCUUUCGCAGACUGCCCUACCACUCCGGUAUACGUUUUAUAGAGCUUGGACAAUUAUAACCAUAUCGCGAAACUGUUCGCGCUCGUCGUAUAUUCAUUCUGUAGCGCCGCCGCUACACUUGUUGUCUGAUCGUCUCCGCGCGGUAUGUCAUUGUUACGCGGCGGCGGCGGCGGUUGCUGCUGCCGAACAACAGUCGUGAACCAUGUCGUUGGCGGCCGCGGCCGCCACUGUUGCUCCUAUCGCCACCGCUGCUCGUGCACCUGCAGCUGUCCACCAGUCGUCGUACAUAUAGAUCGACAGCAGUUCUAGAGCUUCGUUGCGGCGUCCAAAGCGGGUAAUUAUCACUAUUAGUCGUAUAUAAUUUAUUAUAAAUAAAUGUUUUUUGGUGAUUACCUACACAGACUCUCCCGGAGUCUCACGUUUGUAUUUUCGUGCAUCACCAACCGACAGUGUAUAGGUACGUGUGUAUUUGUAUGUGUGAGUUUUUUUUUUUUUGCGUGCGUAUGUGUGCGUAGUAUUCGAUUCAUUCAUCCUUUGUUCCCGCAAGCCAAUACCUCCUCUAAUCAUCUGUUGCGCUAGUAGCGCCGUUCGGUCUUCGGUUGUGAUAACAGAAUAUUUUUGUUUCUCGUUUGCUGGAGUGAUAAACCGUGUCCAUCAACUCUGCACAGCAAAAAAAAAAGUAUGUGGUACUUAACUGUACCGCAUACUUUUUUUUACGAAACGUACAUUUCGCAAUUUAGUUCAUUUUAAAUUUUGAUGUUUUGUGUAAUUUUAUUUUUUUUAAUAAUGAUAUCUCUUAUCUACUGUUUUUACGGCAACCACCGAUGACCAUGAAGACGUUAUUCUGGUUGGUAUGCAGUCCGAUCAGAAUUCCUGUAUUUAGUAGAGGUCUGAUUUUUAGCUUAAAAAUUUAAUUAAUUUAAAUUUAAAAUUCUAAGUAUUUGAUAAAAUUAAUACCUUACUUAACCUAGCCUUUGUUUACUAAUAUAAAUUCAAUUUUAUACUACCUAGAUAUGUAGUUAGAAACUCAUUAAAAAUAAUUCGAUCUUAAUAAAUUAACUGUAUAUUUCGCUUAACUAUAUAUAUAUGUAUUUAAUACUUUCAAUAAUACAAAAAUACCCUUAGAAUCUAUAAGUAUACAAUACAUAUAUGUAAAAUUUAAUAUUUUUUUCAAUGUAUGCAAUUUCAUGAAAAAUAAUUAAAUUCAAAUGAUUCAAUGAGAAUUUAUUUAUAAGUGCAUAAUGAUGUAAACUUUGUCCAUUCUUUAAUUCUGUAUACCCAGAAUCUAUAUGUAGUACUACUUUAAUUACAACUAAUUAAUCUGUAAUAAUAUUUUACUAAAUAUUUUGGUAAUAAAACCUAGCCUUUAUUCAAUUGAUUCGUUUUAAAUUAUCAAUUAAUACCUAUUACUUCAUCCUUUACUGCAACUAAAUGUUUUUUUUUUCUCAAUGCUAAGAUUGGUUAUAUGGUAAUUGAUGUCUUACCUUACCUGAUUUAAUUUCUGUUAUUGUGUUAAUCUGAGGGCUAUUUCUUAUAAAUUUCCUUAUUAAGAGUCUGAUCUACGGUUUUCCUCUUGGUCUCAUCUUAUUCUAUAUUGAUUUCUGGCUGUUCAUUUUCUCAAAAAUCUUAUUGUUUAUCACCUUUUCUGUUCAUAGAAUUUUUAGCACUCUUCUCCAAUGAUAUACUUCCAAAGCUCCAUAUGGACUUACACUCAAGAUAAAACUUUAUAAGUGAUUUCUUAGUAUCUAGAUUCAAUAUAUUUAUAGUAAAAAUAUUCCUUGUUUUAUAGUAGGCUUGUUUAGCUUGAUCUAUCUUAUUUACUGUGUCUGAAAUGCUUUUCCUAUCACUUGUGAUUUUAUUUCCCAGGUAAGUGAAAUUAUUAACUGUCUACAACAUUUUACCAUUUAAGACUAUGUAUACUUAAAUCUGAUGUUUGCUACGUAUAAUUUAUUAACUUAAUAUACAUUUUCAACAUUUUAGGCACUGUUGAUCAAUUUUAAUUUUUGUUUUAUUUUUUCAUAUCAUAAAUUGUUUUAUUCUAUGGGUAACAAAUAAAAUAUCAAGUAAUAACUACCUAAUACAAAAAAUUAAACUAAUAAUAACAAAAUUAGAAGAGAUUGAACAAUCUAUAGUGACAUUGAUCAUUAAAUGGUUGUAUUUACUUGAUAUAAACAAUUUUGUAUUAAUGAAUUAAUUUGCAAAAACGUUAAAAUCAUCUUUGGCUGUAACCUUCAUAUUUGGAUUACUUCUUUAAACAUACCUAUUUACCUAUUUAUUUUUAAUAUUACAAAGCCAAAGAUAAUAGUUAUUACUUAUUUCUUUUACUUUUAGUUUUCUUAUGUAAAUUAAUAAAAAUAAAAUAAAUAAUAUUACAGAGAAUAGUUUUAAUUAUGAUUUUUUAUUGUAGCAUAUUUUACCUCUAUCUCUUGAUUGUUUUUUAACUGAAGUAGAAGUUUUUUGGUGACCAGUUUGUGCAUACACGAUUAAUAUCCAGUGUUUAGAAAAAUUAGCUCACUGUUUUUUACUGUAUACUUAGCAUGACAUAUCUUAAAUGAAUAUUUUGUCAAAAUCAUUAGGCAAACAUGAUUUUCUAUAAAUUCACAGAACUAUUUACUGUUUUUGUUAAUCAAAUAUUGUUUGUACGUAUAUAUUAUUAUAAUAUUAUAAAUCUUUGGUUCCACGUAAGAAGUGUUUAAAUAAAUGUUGCAAAGUUUUGAAAAAACAUACACUUAUACAAUUUAGACUAAAAUUGAUUUGAAUCCUUAAAAAAUAAAUAAAUUGUUUUUUCUUAAUAUAAAAUUAAACUGGGUUUUUUAUUACACACUCUUUUAAGUGUUAUAUAAUACAAUAAAUUACUAGAUGGGAAUACCUCCUUUUUUUUAAAAUAAAUAUUUCAUUAGUUGGUGCAUCUGUUCACACUAGUCCAAAUUGAAAUUUAUUAUGCAAGCUGCUAUUCAUUAUUUUAUUCAAUGUUAGAAAUUUUAACUAAUCAAACAUCCAUUGAUUCAAUUUUAAUUUGUACCUUUGUUUUACUAUUUAUUUUAAAUAUAGAAUUAUUCAAAAGAAUAUUAUAUUAAUAUCUAAUUUAUAAUAAAUAUUUUUAAGUACUAAACAAAAAACUGACUUAUAUUAUAUUUAUUUAGAUAUUAAUCAAAUAUUUUUUCAAAUUAUAUAUUUUCUACCAAUAUGUUUUGUUUACAUGACAGGUUUAGAAGUCCAUUUUUACAUUAUGUUUUCAAUAAUUAAAUUUUCCUAUUUUAUAUUUUUAAUUUAUUGAAUUAUUCAGUUAUAAACUAGUAGGCUGAUAUUGUCAUAUCCAUAUUCUAAUGACUAUAAUCCCCAAUUUGUUUAAAUAAUUUAAACUUCAGUACCUAACAGUUUAAAUUUUUUCUUAUGUUUUUUUUAUAUUUAGUUGCUAAAUUUUCCUACAAGAGUGAACUGUGUAAUGUGUAAAGUUUAUAAUGUAUAAUACAAUUAUCUUAGUAGUUAUUAUGCUUUGAUAAUUUUGGUAUAAGUAUUUCAAUUUAAUUUUUAACAAUUAUAACUUAUAAUAUACACAGUAAUCAAUCCUGGGUUGCAGGAGUAGUGGAGCACUAUUCAAAUGCAGUAUCGCCACACAAAUGAUGCUCUACUAUAUGCCCCUACCCAUACUUAAAAUUGGAAUAUUUCAUCAAUAGCUUGACAGAAGAUAAAAAUGUCAACUCCAAAAUGUAUUCAAACUAAUAUUUCAUCUAUUUGUAGAUUUUUUACUAUAGGUUGCUAUCUGAAAAUAAAAAAUGGAUAGCAAUUUUACACCCAAAAAUAAGGGUGGCAAAAUUAUGAGCAAUGUAAAAUUUUAAAACUGCUUGUGUUUUAAAUUGUCACAAAAAAAAAAAGUAAAUACUUUCCAAGUUAAUGAGUGUCUUAUCAAGGAUUGAUCACUCUGUAUAUAUUAAAUUUAUUUUUCUAUGAAUUAAUCAUUUGUAAUUUCUUCAACUUUUAUUUUAUUAUUAUUUUUUUUUUUUAUUGAUAAUAUAUUAUUUUUUUUAUAAUUAGCAGAUUAUUAGUCUAACAUUUUAUAAUUCACCAUUGAUUAAUUCAAUUUUGUUAUGACUACUGAAUAAAAUGUAUGGUUAUAAAUUUAUAAUUAUUGUAGGUAGGUAUUUGUUAAACAUCAGUAUACCUCAUUAUCUAUGUCAUUGUUACUGUAAAUACAUUUUAUUUAAUACAGAGUUUAGUACCUAAUCAUAUUCAGUACCUACAAUGUUUUGUUUUUUUACAAAUAUUCUAAAAUUGUAAGUUUUUUAUUUAUAAAUUAAAUUUUUAAUAUAGUCUGUAAUGUAAAAAAUAUGAAUUACCUAACAAUAUUCUUUAAUUUUUCAAAUAUAUUUCUUUAAAUUAGCACUUUAUGUUUAUUAUUUAAUAAUGAUUAUAUAUUUAAAUUUUUGUAUGAUUGCUUUACUAAUUUAAUAAUUAUAACUAUUUUAAAUCUCAUUAAUAUUAAUGAAAAUUUACUUUUAUUUUCAGAUUUAUAUUUUCUAUUAUAAAAGAUAACUAUUAGAUACCUAUAGAGAUUUGAUAGAAACUUUCAAAAUAUUUUUAAAUUCAGAUUUUAUCUGAAUUCAUAUUUAUCUUUUAUUUUUGAUCUAUGUAAUUAAAAAUGAAUAAUUUUGAUAAUUUUAUCUCAUACCUAUUUAUUGUUUAUUCAUAUAUGUUACUUUUGUCUCUCACUUUCAUAUAUGUUAUUCUAUAAUUGUUUUGACGGUAAUAUAGAAAAUUCUGUACACACAAGUGACAUUUGUACUGAUACUACAAUUAUUACACAGAUAUCAAUUAAAUAAUAUGGCUCAGUUAUUUGAUUGAAAAACUCAUUUUUACAAGAAAUUGAUAAUUUAUUUACAGUAGCAAGUUUAUUGAUGUUAACUAUUAAAGUAAAUUUAUUUAGUUUUAUUUACAAUAAGCAUAAAAUAUGCCUAUUAAUUUCCUUUAAAAUAUCAUAAAUAUCAAAACGUAUUGUUUUAUACUUUAUAAUAAUAUUAAAAAAGAGCUGAUACUGCUGAUGAAUGCUCCACUUAGUAUUGAAUUCCGAGAUAGGUACUAGGUACAUUCAAGAUCAUUCGUGCCUCCCCCUCCCAAUUAAUACAGCUAUUAACAAAAUGUAUUUAUUAGAUGUACAAUAACUAUUACAUUUUACAUAAAACUGGCCAUGAACAAAGUGAGCCCUCCCCAAGAAAAUUAUCUGGAUUCAACCCUGGCGCUACUGUUGUAAGUGAGAAGUAGGGAAGGUAGUAAUAUAAUAAUAUAAAUUUAAUUUUUUAAAUAAUUUGAUAAAACAAAAUAAUAGAACAAUUUUUAUAAAUCAGACUUGAAUGACUAAAAAAAAAUAAAUAUGCUCAUUACUCAAUCUUCUCUUUUUCCUUUGCAUUAAUCCCAUGCUAGUAGAGUUAAAUAUACUCUUAGUCUCAUUAUUUUUUUGAUAUACUCUACAUGCUCUCAUAUUUUUCCUAAAAACCUUGCUAUUUUUUUUUUUUUUUUUGGCUUUUCUAGCGUCAAUGUACAUUUACCUCGCAUAUUUUUUGGCUAUCUCGUUGUUUAUGUUUCUCUCAAUUUAAUUAUACUAUCUAUUCUCAAUAGUUUUUUAUCUAAAUUAAGCAUACCACACAUCCACCUUAACAUUCUUUUUGGUUUUUUUUUUUUUACAGAUUUAGAGAGAUGAGAAAUUGUGGACAGACCUACACUGAAAUAAACCCUUUGAUGAAUCCUCACGACACCAUGGACCUAGUCAAUUGCCGUUCAAACAUAACAGUCAAUGUAAACAACAAUAAUGACCAGACUUCUGUUAAAAAAUUACCAAAAAAAAGAAAAUUUGAUUUGUCUCAACUCGAGGAAUCUGAUCCUGUUUCUGAUCCACAACCACCUGUUCAAAAACAAUGCAACACAAGUUGUGUGGCUAGUGUUGUUGUUGUACCACCUCAGUCUAUUGCUGUUGAUUAUUCUAGACUUGAUGGAUUUGAUCGACCAAGCUAUGCUGAUGUGCCCGUUAUUGUUGAAGAUCGUUCCAAGCAAAAACAGGAUGUUGCAUAUACAAAUGGACAUGAUGAACCAUCAAGACUUGAUGUUGAUUUACAAGAAUGGACUGAUCACAGAGUAUUAGCUAAAAGAGAUACGGUUUAUUUACCUGGUCUUAUCAGACAAGCUACAUCAAGUGGUGAUGUGUGGAUAGAAUUUGAUUACUCAGAUGAAGACCAGCGAUUUGUUUUAUUUAAAGAUGUUUUGAGUGCUAGUAAAUAUGAUGUUAUUAGUGAUGCUAGUCCAUCUUUAAGCCAAGUAAGUUAUAUUUCUAACUAUAAUAGUAACUGAAGAUAAUAGAUUAGUUUAAAUAAGUUAAUUGGAAAGAGGUUAGUGUUUAUGUGUUUCAAAUAAAAUACCAUUUAGUAGAAAAUCUGAAAGGUAAGGCGUGAAACAUAUGAGUUAUUUAAUAAUACCAAAAAAAUGUUUCCUGUGGAAAAAAAACUUAGUCAAAUUCAUAAUAUAUUUGCCUUACUUGGUCUAGAAGUUCUAAAAUAUGCCAAGCGUUAUAAAAAAGAACCCCCUUAACAUUUUUAGUGUAGGGUUGCCACCGAUUGUGUCUAAUAAUAAGGUUGUUUAACACAGUAACAUAAAUGCUUUUAUUUAUUUGUAUGGCUUGUUAAACACAUUAAUAAAUUUAAUAAUGUACCUUUAUAGAAUAAUCCAAAAAAAAAUUAAUUUUAUAUAUGUAUUAGGUAUUAUUAAUUGAUAAAUUUAAAUUAAAAUCCUAAUGAUGAUAUUAUUAUGACAUUUGAUUACAAAUGAUUAUUUGUUUUGUAUUAGCUCUAACUGAAGAGGAUUAUUUCUCAGGACUAGUUUAAAUUAGUAUACAUGAUUGACAUAAAUUGUAUUAAAUAUUUAUUUAUUUAACUAGAUAUCUAUUAAUUUUUAAUUCAAAUUUAAAUCUAAUAUGAUGAUAAAUUUUGGCAUGUGAUCACAAAUGAUUUUUGUUUUGUAUUAGCUCUAACUGAAAAUCAUAUAAUAAUUUUUUAAUUACGCCUUUAAUACUGUAGUUGCCAUUUGAAGUCUAUCGCCUUAUAUGUGGUCAAUGUUUGUAUGACUGUCUCAUCAAUAUAGCAUAAUACUAUUUUAAAUUAGUUGUUUUAUCAAAGCGUAUUUCAACAUAAUCAUUAAUUUAACUUCAGCUAUAUUUUUGAUAGUUUUAUGUAAUAUAAUUAAUUUGUCAUUUAUAUUUAUGUGAUAAAUAUUUGACACACUACUACUUUUUUUUAAAUUUAUUUAGAAAUAAAUUUUUAUAUUUUAACUAGAUUAUUGUUUUAAUAUUUCAUUAAAAUUGUAUUUACUCAACCCUUUUAAUACAGAGGUGGUAGGUAGCACAUCCUCUUAUAUAGUGUUCACUGUGUUUACCUAUUGUAUAUAUGAAAAUUUGGGAAAAUUGUACUAAAAUUGUAUAAUUUGGGUAAAGAUUAUUUUGCAUGUUCAAUUGUACACCUAAAAAGCUCUUCAAUAACCGCACUCAAUUAUGUGGUACCAUAACAUGAUACUAGUAAUUAUUCAAACUUUUAUUUACAUCUAAUUCAAAUUUUAAACCCAGUAUGAUGAUGUGUUAUGGCACAAUGAUUGUGAAUGAUUAUUUGUUUUGUAUUAGCUCUAACUGAAAGUAAUUUUUAAAUAUAUACGAUUCUAUAAAAUAUAAAUUAAUUAAACUAGAUAUUUAUUAAUUAUAAAUUCAAUAUGAUGAUGAAAUAUUAAGGCAUACAUGAUCGAAAAUGAUUAUCUGUUAAGUAUUAGCUCUAACUGAAUUCUUAAGACAAUGGUUACUAAUCAUGAAAUAUUUUAAUAUUGGGUAUAUAUUUGAGAUUUAAUGACACUUUUAUUUAAUUUAAAAAAAAAAAUAUAUUUUAAUAUUGGUGUAGUAUACUGUCUAUUAGCAAUCCCCAUGGUGGGUAGUCCAUUAACUAUAGUAUCGUCAUAUAUAUAUAUAUAUAUAUAAAUGGUUUAUAUUAUUAUAUUCAACAUUUAUUUACUUAAUUAGAUUUUAAAUUUAAAUCUUGUAUGAUGAAUGAUGAUAUAUUAUGACAUGUGAUUACAAAUGAUCAUUUGUAUUGUAUUAGCUCUAACUGAAAUUAUUUAUUUAUUUACUAUAAAUUAUAAUUUAAUAUGAUGAUAUAGUAUAGCAUAUAUGAUCCAGAAUGAUUAUUUCUUAUUUAUUUUGUAUUAGCUCUAACUGAAUUUAUCUUUAACAAUGGUUAUUAAUUACUAUGUAUUUUAAUAUUGAUGCAGUAUACUAUUUAUUGAUACCCCACAUAGUGUAGUCCACUAAAUAAAGUUAUGUUAUAUACUUAUAUGUAAAUAGUUUAUAGUUUUACAUUUAAAAUGUAUUUAUUUAACUAGAUUUUCAUUGAUUUUAAAUUUAAAUCUUAUAUGAUGAAUGAUGAUAUAUUAUGACAUGUGAUUGCAAAUAAUCAUUUGUAUUGUAUUAGCUCUAACUGAAAUUAUUUUUUUCUUUUAAUAAUUUAUAAAUAGUCUAUUUGAAAUUAUUAAAUAUUUAUUUAUUUACCAUAAAUUAAAAUGUUAUAUGAUGAUAUAGUAUACUAUAUAUGAUCUAGAAUGAUUAUUUCAUAUUUAUUUUGUAUUAGCUCUAACUGAACAAUAUUUAUUCUUAAAACUAUUUUUAAUUAGUUUAAUGUAGGUUAAAGCCCUGCAUGGUGUGGCCAACCAGUGGUUGGCCUAUUGCAAAACCAAGUUUGGGCUGGUUCGACCUAAAUAGUUUACAUAUGUGGGACUGGGUUGGACUACUUAGAGAUAUGAAUUUUAUUUUGUCGGGCCGGACCAAGAAAUUGACAAUUAUUGGGCUUAAAAAGGCUAGGCUCAGUAUUAUAAAUAAACUGGACCUGGUCACACUGGGCCAAUCCACAACUGACAUCAUAUUUAUGGUAUAGUUAUAAUUUAGGCCAAAUUCCUCCUCUUUUUGGACGACAUCAAACACUUUUUGAAAAUUAAUGAUAUUUCCUGUAGCCAGACUGUACAAUACCAAUUAAACAAAUUUGUGCAGUGACCAUGGGUUCAGUGUAUUUGUCUCCAUUUGAACUUGGCCAAUUGUUAUGAUGGUAUGUUACCAGACAUCAUAACAUAAUAUUCUACUCCUACCCUAUUGAAGGUUUCCUUCUUGAACGUGUUUUAUUAUUAAAAAUUUCAGUAUACAUUUCACUCCUUCAUUCAAUUUCAACCACCACAUUAAUGUCUGUCUGCAAAGCACUUAAAGUCUUGGUCUUUAUAAAGCGUAAUACAAAAAUGUUUAGCUUUAUCAGUUGUCUUAGUGUACUUUAUUGCUCCCUUGUAUGCUCGAUUUUAAAAUUUGUUAUAGUUCGGCAUCCUUCCUAGGGGUAACUUGAUGGAUCUACAGAUGCCCCUCACCUCCUUUCUUUUAUACAUUUCCGCGUCCUGGUCUACCCUUCAAGACAACAUACACCAUUUUAUAUCCCUACUUCACUUUUUAUGGUCACAACCAUCCUUUAUACAGAAUGCUACAUUCGUUUGGUAACAAUCUAUCAUAUCUUCUGCCCUAAUUGAUUAAGUUUAGUAUUAGAUACUUGUUUAGAAUUAAUUCACUUUGUCAUUACUUUUACUUAAUUUUAAUUUUUUUUUUUUUUUACUAGUUAUUACACAUAUUCGUUUUGUAUUUGUGUUACCUAUAUAAUUGCCAUUUGUCGUUAAUACAAUAAAUAAAUAAAUAAAUUAAGCAAUUUAAUUAUAUCAGACGGAAAACAAAUUUAUAAUUUGCAAUAAGUUAAAUAUUCAUAAAACUAUAUUCGUGUAUUCGUUUAGUACUGUGGUGUGAAGUGAGGUAGAUAUUGUAUAAUAAUUAUGUAGUAAUAUUAUUAAAGUCAGAAAUAUUAUAAUAAUUUGUAUAUUUACGGAUAUUAUAUUUAAAAUAUACCUAAGUAUAAUUAUUAAUUUGUUUACAUAGUGCAUUUUAUAUAGUUAUACUAAUAAUACAUAGAAAAUGUUCUGGGCUGGUCCAAAUAUUUUAUUUAAGUAGACCAGACUGGGCCAGGCUAUAUAUUUCACUGAACUGGACAAGGCCAUUCAGACCUAAUUUUUAAAAUUUACUUUUGGGUGAAUAUGGGCUUCAAAAUUUAGGCUCGUUCAGUACUCUAGUGUAGUUACUAAUGUGUACAUGAUCUUGUUAAACAUUUGUUUAUUAAACUAUAUUUGCAUUAAUUAUACAUUUUUCUAUCUGAUGAUAAAAUAAUAUGACAUAUAUGAUUGAAAAUGUUUAUCUGUUUUGUAUUAGCUCUAAUUGAAUUUAUUUAUCUAGAUUUUUAUUGGUAACAAAUUUAAUAUGAGGAUAAAUGAAUGCAUGAUUAAGAAAUGUAUGAUAAUUAUCCAUUGCAUCCAUGACUGAGAAAUUAUUAAAAUGUUAGAACUUUAUUUUUAUUUAAUGCGUGUAAAAGCCUUUAUAUAGUAGUUAAUCCAAAUAAAUUACAUACACUAAUUCUUCUGGAUCAAAUAUUUUUAUAUGUAAUGCUCCUAUUCAACUUAAUAACAAAUUUAUUCAUUAUGAACAAAAUUGUAAUUUGUUUUCUUGCACAAAUGUGUCUUUAUAUGUAGUGUGUACUGUGAUUCAGUCAUACAUAUAUAAAUUGCAUACAUAUUUCUUUCCUUCUUUAAUAAUAAUACAAAUUAUUAGAAUUAUUUAUUUGUAUAUAUAAAUAAGUGCCUAUACUUUAAUACAACUUAGUAAGAUAUUAAUGUAAAUUUUUAAAUUAUGCUUAAUAAUUAUAAUUGUUAUUAUAGGUCAGUAUUGGUGCAAGGGUUUGUGUGCGAAUUGCUGGUUCUCAGUCAGAUCAUCUAGUUUCUCGAGUAUUUAUUGAAGGCGUUGUACAAAAGAUAAUCACUAACCCUGUUAGGUUUGUUGUGAAUGUAGUAUCUGGUAACAAAGAAGAAUAUGUUGUUAAAAGAGCAGAUCUUCGUUUACUGUUACCGCCAUGGUGGGAUGAACUUGAACAUGGUAUACCUAAUGGUCAUAUUCCAUUAAUACGAGAACCUACACCUCCUAUAACUAAUGAGCCAGCCAAUUAUUAUGAAUCUGCUGUAACUUCUCCUUUACAGCCUUUAAAUAAUCAGCAUUAUGAUGAUGAUUUUUGUGAAAGUGAUGAUGAUCUCCGACGAGAAGAUAUAUUAUUUAUGUCUGAUGCUGGUAUGUUGAACUUAUUAUUCAAAUUUUAUAUUUACCUAACAUUUUAGUUAUUUUGUUUAUUUAUUUUCACUUUGCGUGUUUGACUAAAUAAUAUUUUAAUAUUCAUUUUAUAAGUAUAACUUUAAAUAAAUGUACAUCUGUAUGUAAAAAUGAGACUUUUACUUUCUUUUUUUUUAAUGACAUAUGCAUAUUUAAUGAGUAUAUCACAGAGAAGGUUUUAAAUCUAUUUCUGAUCCUGUAAAUUAAUGAGCAAUCAAAUUAUUAAAUUGAAAAAUAUCGGAAAAUACACUAGUGCUGUUCAUUUUAUUAAUACAAAUAUAUUUUACCAUGGAUACGGGUGGAAACUUAUUGAAUGAAUAAAGCCAGGUGGGAUAGCUAAUAUUAUAUACAUUAGUAUAAUACUAUAUAAAUUGUAUUUCUCUGAAUAACAAAUUAAAUUAUAUAUUUUAUAAUAUCAAUGUUAAUGUUUGUCCAAUAUAAUAUUAUGAUUAUUAAUUAUUUUGUUAUGAAGCAUCCUUUUAUAAGGUAAAACAAUUUAAAUGCAAUAAAAAAUUGGUUGUCAUCAAUAUACUAAAAUGUUUUAUUACUAAUAAACAAUUAAGUGUUAUAUCUUAUACAAUUUUUGGAAUUAUUUGAACCCAUAAUUUUUGUAAUUAGAUGCUGGAAAAUUAUCUGGAAGCAGCAAGAGGAGCAGCAUGCAAAGUAGAGGUAGUACGUGUAGCAUAUUAGACCAUGGUAGCACUACACCUAGAUCAACUCCUGCAACUCCAAGAUCUCAGAUCACAUCCCCACAUAAAUAUAAAAAAGGUGAUAUUGUUACAACACCAAGUGGAAUAAGAAAAAAAUUUAAUGGAAAACAAUGGCGACGGCUGUGUUCAAAAGAAGGUUGUUCAAAAGAGUCUCAAAGAAGAGGAUAUUGUUCCCGACACUUAAGUUUAAAAGGCAGUAGUUUACGAUCAUGUGCUUCGAGUAGUACUAGUUUUACAAGGUAUUAAAUUAUAUGAUUGUUGAUAUUAAAUUUAUUGAGUAAAAUUAAUGUUUGAACAAUUUUAGAGGAAAUCGAAGUACUAUAGAUGGUGAUGAAACAUCACGGGAAUCUCAAACUUCUCCCAGUUAUUCUGAUCGUCGAUUAGCUGGUCGGUUUGAUCCUGAUGAAACAGAAGCUGCCAACAUGCUUGGUACACAACGUAAUAAUUAAUCUCUAGAAUUCUCAAAUUGUUAAAUUUCAACAUAGAUUUUUUUUAUUAAUAAUAGUUUUAAUCUAACCUACAUAUAACAUUUUAAUAAUUAAACAUUUUAUGUUUUCAGUAUCAUUAGGAAGUUCAAGAUCCGGAACUCCAUUAAAUUCUUCGCCUUUUCCUUUAGUUAAUAUUAGUACACAAUCACCACUUACGAUUGGAUCUCGACAAAAUGUGUUCCUACCCAUUAUUUUGCCAGUAAAUCAAAAUUAUUCUUCAACAACACCUACUGGAAAUGGACUAGCUACUCCACCUACAUUAAAUAAUAAUUCUAAUAAUCAAUAUAGAUCACAGCAACUUGUUAAGUAUGAAAAUAUUUUUAUAAAGAAGUUUAUUAAAAUGUUAAAACAAAACAAAUGAUAAAGAAAUGUAAUUUACAGGCCAGAAUUAUUGAGACCAAAGACACACCACAGUUUACAUGAAUCAAUGCCAACAUCCAGUCAGACUAGUGUGAUUCGAAUUUCACCACAUACAAUACAGCCAAAAUCAACCAUUGCUAUCAAUUCUCCGGCACAAGUAUGUUGGAGAGGAAUUUCAUCUCCACAACAACAAUCAAAGCACACAAAUCAAUGGCAAGUUGAAAGGCAUCCAAGUGUUGUAGUGUCAUCUCAUCAACAACAUGGUCAUAUAUUAGAAACAGCGUUAACUUCAGUUGAAAUAGUUAGUAAUAAAUAUAUAUUUUUAAUAAAUUUAAUUAAUCUUAUAUUCAAAUGUAAUAUCUACUCAAUAGAAUGGUGUUGAUGCAUAUAAUCGAAUAUGUGAAAAUAAUGAAGGUUUUAACCGAGACAAUAAUAAUAUAGUUAUUCAAGAAUCUGUGAUAAAGAAAGAACCAGCUGCGACUAAUGUACCAUUUUCACAGCAAUUAGGGUAUAAUGCUGGAUAUCAUCAAGUAAAUAGCAAAUUCCUUAAUUUUUUCAAUGAAAUUAAUAUUUAAUUUUUUAGCGAGUUCAAAACAUUCCAACUUCAAUCACAACACCCUCGGUGGUUACUAAACAUAAUUACAAUACUCAUCAAAAUGAAUAUCAAGAUUAUCAAAAUAAGAAUUCAGUACAUCAACAAGUAAUAGUUCACCCUACUGAACUAUUACCAGUAUUACCUGUCGUGGAUGAAAGAAAAGAAGAUCCUCCCGAACCUAAUUCAAUGCUUCAGAGUAAUUAUAUAUAUAUAAUUAAUUUAUGGACAUAUAUUUAUAAUAUUAUGAUUUGUUUUAGAUCAUGAGAAUGUAAAUUUAACUGUUUAUUCUUGGGAUACAUUGUUGCCAAUUCUAAAUUCAGAAGAAGUUGUCCAACCAAAUAUCAUUGUGCCAAAAUCUCUCACACCUCCUUUAUCAGCACCACCUAUUUUUACUCCACCCCCUGCAGAAUCCCCAGAUGGUGAUGAUGAUGAUGUAUUCGAACCAUGCGAUACUGAUGAUACAAAUGCUAACACAGCAGCUGGAAAACGUAGAACUCAGUCUCUUAGUGCUUUACAAAAUGCCAAAGAACCACAAAGUCCUCUAACAAAAACUAAAGAUCGUAUACGACGACCAAUGAAUGCUUUUAUGAUAUUUAGUAAAAGACAUAGAGCAUUAGUUCACCAACGACACCCUAAUCAAGAUAAUAGAACCGUAUCAAAGAUUCUUGGUGAAUGGUGGUAUGCAUUAGAACCAGACCAAAAGCAAAAGUAUCAUGAAUUGGCUAAUGAAGUUAAAGAUGCCCACUUUAAAACAUAUCCCACUUGGAAGUGGUGUAGUAAAGACAGAAGAAAAUCAAGCGGUAGUGGUCGAUCUAAGUUGGGAUCUACUGAUGAACAUACUCUAUUGGAUCACGACCCAAUGGUUGAAGUAACUAUAGAAAUGUCUGAUGAACAAAAAGUUCAAGAAAAAAAGGAUACAGAUGUGGAAAUAAAAAAUGAUUCGGAAGAUGAACAAAUGGUUAGUUUUUGUAUUCUUAUUUAUUUACAAAUACUUUUAAAUUAUAUUAAUUAUAUUGUAUUUAUAAAGGUUGUCGCAGAAAGUUCUGAAAUAGAUCUAAAAUGUAAAGAAAAAGUAACUGACUCUGAUACUGAAUCUCACAGUGAUGCUGAACCAUUACUAGAGAAUAAAACAUUUCCUCAACAACGAUUCAGUCCUGUGAAAACAUCCAGUUCUAUUGAAGUAACGUGUCGACCAAAACCUAUAAAAGCUAGGUAAAUCAAUUAUACUUAGAUUAUCUAAAUAGUAAAUAAAAAUUCUCAUAAUUUAAUAAUGCAUUUAAAUAUUGAAUUUAAAAACAAAUUAUAGAAUUUAGAAUUUAAUUUCUUAUUAUAUUAUUUGUUUACGGUAUUAAAUAUUAUUUUUUAAAAAUACACCUAUGUUAAUUUAAUAACACUUUCUUACAUUUAAAAAUUCAAAUAUUUUUUUAAAUUAAUAAUUGCAAAUCUAUUCUACUAAAAUAUAAUAUGUUUAUAACACUGGUAUCUUAGCCUAACAUUUCUAACAGAAUUUUUACUAAUAAUUUAAUGAAACAAUAUUACGGCUUUAUAUUAGCUAUUGUUUUCAUUAAAUAUAUUUAACUGUUUAAAAACUAUUUAAUACUAUAUUAUUAUUGUUUUAUUUAAUUUUUUCUUUAGAUUGUUAUCCACAGACUCUUCCGAUUCUAAGUACCAAUCAAAAACAGUUAACUCGAGAGAACCAACCACCCCAAGUUUGUACCCAUACCAUUCACCUAUUAAUCCUGUUGGAGUUUCUCCUUUUCAACCUACUGGUGGUGCGUUUAAAUUAAUGCCAGCCUCGCCGAAAAUUAAAAAUCCUCCAGACCAAUUCCCUCAACAACAAACGUCUGAAUCUACAUGGACAUCUGGAUCUGAGACCUGGAAUAAAACAAAAUUAAUCAACACUAAUAAUUGGGCAGCGUCAACUGCCGAAUGGAACAAUAAUAAACCAUUAACUACGACUACUGUUAAUUCAAAAAUUGUGGUAACACCAUUAUCACAGAAUAAUAUAUUUCAUUAUACUCCUUCACCAAACAAGGAUGCUGAACAAAAGCCAGCAUGUUCUGUUAGGCAAGUAAUUGGUGGGCGUCCUGUGUUGAUACAAACACCAUCGAAGCAAUCAACCGGAUAUCAACAACAAUCAAAUUUUAACAAUCAAGCAGCUAAAUUGACUUUGGCAUUUCUUAAUUCUGGAGACGCUGCUACUUCUCUUGUCACAAAUUUAUUAGUAACUAAAGGUAAUGAUAAUGGAAAUUCAUCAACUAAGAAUAAUGAAACAACCACUGUACACUAUAUGAUACCCAGUCGUCUACCAAAUAUUUAUUUGCCUCAACAAUCAUACACAAGUAGGAAAUCAAAUAAUUGUUAGUCUUGCAUACUAAUUUAAAUCAUUAAUUUAUUAUCUUGCAGAUACGCCAUCCAAUCAACCACAGUCUAUAAAGUGUACUCAAGCUUCUACUGUCAUAGUCAGCACUCAUAAUAAUCCAUUAGUUAUAAAUACCAAGUAAAUACCUAAAAUAUCACGUUUAAGAGGACGCUAUAUUUCGCAUAUGCUGUCUGUCUCACUCCAACUAACGAAUGGCGACAUAGAAAAAUCUACCAUCCGCAUUCUACGUAAAAGUCUCUUAAUUUUGGUUUAGAGUAAAAGCAUCUAUUAUAAAAUUAAAAGAGGGCAGGAAAAUGUGUUUCUUUUUUAAAAUGUUUUCUUUAGUGAUGUAUUGAACAUUAUAACCAGAAUAAUAAGAAAAAUGUCUAGUCUUACCCUCUGGAAUAUUGUCUUCUUUUAAUUUUAUAAUAGGUGCUUUUACUCUAAAACUAAAAUUAAGUGAGUUCUACACAGACUACGUUAGGUAGAUUUUGAUAUAUCACUCGUAAGUUGAAAUGUGACAGCCUGUAUCCUCUUAACCAAUUUAAUUUAUGAUAGAAAAAUAAAUAUAGAUAUAAUUUUAUAUUCUCAAUUAAAUAAUAAUACAUUUAAUUGUUGAAAAAAAUCUAAAAUAUUCCCAACUAAAUAUAAUUGGAAAAAUAUUUGGUGUAUCACUUUUAGAUAAGAAACGUAGCAAAGAAUGUAUUGGUUUUACAAUUUAAUUUAAUUUUACAAUUUUUACAAUUUUAUAAGUUAAAGUAAUAAUUGUUUGAUUUUCUAAGCAUUUUUCAUAAUAAUUGAGAAAAAAAAAAAUCAGGAAAGUUUGCAUACAUGUAUAAAAGAAAUUUUGUUCCAAAUAAUUUUUCAUUAGCAUUGGCUUAUCUUUACAUACAGAUAUAAAUUAAAUUCCUUUCUAUGUUCUACCUUUCAAACUUCUCACCUAAAACAGUGGCCCAUCCAUAAUGUAAAAUAUGUCAGUUUUUUUAAUAUUAUCUUUUAUAUUAUAUAUAUAUAUAAAUAUAAUUAAUAUUUUGCUAACACUUAUAACAUUUUUUAUCUCAUUAUUUUAGUGAUUCCGUACAUACAACAAACAAUAACAAGAUUGCAGGUAAAAUCAAUAAAAAUACAUGACAUAUAAAAUAUAUACUAUUGCUGUUUAUCUAAAAUAAUAUUUAUAACUAUACAGGAAAACGAGAUCCAGAUAUUGUUAUAAGAGCUGAUAAUGAUGAAAAUUUAAUGUCUUUUGAAAAAUCACAUAAUGAUUCUAAACAAAAUAGUUCACCAAUUAUAUUUGAUUUUAAAGAUGAUAAUGCUAAGGUUAGUGCUAAUCAUUAGUCACUAUUAUUUAAUAAUCUUUAGACAUUAACUUAUUUUUUUAAAUUCUUUUUGUAGGAUGAAAUAACAAGAAAUGAAAUUGAAGAAAAACCAUUUAUUCUAGCACCCACUCCAGCACAGUUAGGGAAAGCUCCUUUACAAAGAAGGCAAUCUAUGGGUAAGUUUAAACAUAUUAAUUUAUGUAAUCAAUACUAGCGGUGAGAAUUUAAACUUUGAUAUUAUUAGUAUGCAUUUAUUAAAACUAUAGACCUUAAUAUACUAAUAGCUAAUAACUGAUUGCACCCAGAUUGUGACAAGAUAGGGGAUGUUUUUGUGUUACUAUACCUAGAUAAUAAAGAAAUGAAGUUAUUAUUAUUGUAUACAAUGUAUAACCUGUUCUACCUUGCUCUAUUGUUGACAUAAAUCUUGUGAUACUGUUGUAAGCACAGUACAUGUCUAUUAGUCUAUAGUAGUAGUUCCAUGAUAUAAACCUAUAGUUUUAAAGUUGGUAUCAUAUCACAAUAAAUGGUAGUUAACUUGAUCUGUAACAUCUCAAAAGGGAACAGGUAUAGCGAUGUAUUUAGUAUAAAUAAGUCGAAGUAACAUGUGAUUUUAUUUUGACUAAGGUAGCAUGUUAGUAUGAAAUAGAUAAUUUAAAAAUAUAGCCAAUUUUUCUUCUUUAGUUUUCCUAAGGCCAAUGAGGCCUAUUACCGCAACACAUACCUGCUUCCAUCUAUCUCUGUCCUCCAUCCUGUAUUCCAUUUUUCAUUAAAUUCUUUUCAACCCAUAUUUGUACUGGUCUACCUAAUGGUUUUAAAAGACCAUUUUCAUUAAGCUAUUUGAUCUCCAUAUGUAGUCAGAUAAAGUCGAUAAAAGUGUCAGAUGUUUUAUGUUUCAAAAAAAUUUCAAUGAGACUUAUGAGAUAAUAUGUAAGUUCUACAAGAGUAUGGUGAGAUUGAUUAUGUUAUAUGAUUUUAAAUUUUGGGAAGUAGACAGGUAGAAUAGAGAACAAGAAAUGAGAAUGUUUAAAUGGAUUUGUCUACUAAAUUUAAUUAUCCAUAUUUUAUACAAAUAAUACAAAAAUGUAUAUUUGUCUAAAUUAAUAUUACUAAAUUGACAUUUAUUAACAGCUAACAAUAAACAAAUAAACAAUAGACUGUUGUAAAACUGUAUAAUUAUAAUACCAAAAUAACUUUGAGAUAGUGAUAUACAAAAGUAUUAGUAUUAAAUCUAUUUUAUUUUGGCUGAAAAAGUAGUGGUAUACAAAUAAAACUUUACUCACUAAUAAUCAUUUACAAACAAAAACCUACUAUGGCGGCAUUGACAAAAAUAGAAAUUCCGCUCAUUAAAUAACCACUUUAUGACCGUUUCUAGUGCUGUUAAAGAGUACUUGUGACAAUGUGUCUCCUUGUCAAAGUUUGGUUUUACCAUCAAAUGGAUCUGACAUAUUGUGUUGGUUGAAUUUAAUUUUACACUUCAGCUUAUUCAUACCUAAUUUAAUCAUUCUUACUGUUUAGUAUAGGGUCAUCAACUAGAGUUUUCAUGGAAGUUUGAAAUUCACCAAACUACCCGCUGUCCAUAACACACUUUUAAUGAAUUUUGUUCACACAUUUAUUUAUAACAUAUUUUUUAAAAUUUGUAUAUAUAUAUUAACUGUAUUUAUUCAUCAAAUAUCAAUAGUUUUAAUACAAGUUGAGAUAAUUUUAAAUUUAUUAUAAAAAAUAUAAUAUUUUUAAUUUUUAACAAGUUGCUUAAGGUUUGGAAUAAACUUAGUUGGUGACCCUUGGUUAAGUUUCUAUUUAUUGAAUUAUAUGCAUGUUUGUAAUAAACAAACAGCAUAGUGUAAGUCUUUGUUGAAUUCAUAAUCUAGAAAUUUAGUAGACUAAAUCAGCAUGUAAUAAAUGAACUGAUGUAAACUAGAGAAUUUGUUUAGACAUAUCGGUGUGUACAAAACUGACAUCUGUUCAAUUUUUUCAUUUUCAAUUAUCUCUAUCUGAUUUCUUCUGAAAUUCAUUCAUCCAACCUUAUUAUUGUCUGUGGUGGCCCAGCCCACACAAUUGUCAUUCACAUUGUCAUGUUUACUGUUUAUUUGCGUUUACUUAUUUUUAAUGCUGUUUGCUUCAUAACAUUUUAAAUUUAAGAGUUAAAUAAGUUUUAAGUAUUAUAUAAUUUUUAAAAAACCUCACCUAGUACUUCUUUGUAUUUUGUAAGAAAAAACCAUUAUUGAUAUAAUUGUUAAUCCAAAUUUUAGUUAAGGUAUAUUAUUUAAAUAAUUUGAUUUUAAGAUUUAAAUCCAUACAAUAGAUAUAUUAUAUACAUUUUUAUCUUUAGUAAGGUGAGUUAUGUAAUUAUAAUGUGGAAUUUUAAUUAAUGAAAAAAAUCACAAAAACAUAAAGCCAACACUGAGAAACAUCUACAGAUUACAUUUAUUUCAUCUCAUAUUUUGUAGAUUGAUUACUUUUGGCAUUAUAAUGAGGUAUUACAAUGUUUGAUUGUUGUCCUGAAAUUUCUUGUUAAAUUGGUGCGACAAAUUCUGAAUCAGUAUCACACUUCAAUAUGAAUAAAUCAACUUGAACAUCAUACCCAUCUUUUUUCUAUGUACCAGAUGUACUGAUCUGUUUUGGUAUACCGGUAUGUAAAAAUCGGAUUCAACAUGGUAUACCAGUUUGCUUUACUAAACUCAACUCGCUGUUAAACAGUAAAAAUCAUUUACCAUUAAUAGAACAACAAUGGUGAAUCAUUUAAUGUAUGCAUAUCAAAAUAGCUAGUGAUUUUAUUUUAACUAGGAUAUUAGAAUGAAAUAAAUAAUAUUCAAUACAUUAUUUAUAACUAUGAAAAAUAUAUAUACUCGUAGGUACAAAAUAAUAGGUUUAAUGAAAAAAAAGAGCUGAUACUGAGGAUGGAAAUGGCCACUAUUGUAGGUAAAAAGUUGGAAAGGUAGGAUAUAUAAGGCUAUUUCAUUUAUAUCUGUAAGCAACGAUAAACCAUUGCUUGACGAAAGACGACUCCGAGUGCAGUUUACUAAUACAUAAUUUAUAGUGCUGUUGUUUUUUUUUUGCGAUUUUAAUUUAAAUUUGAUUUAAAAACGUUUAUUAUUAAAAAAAAAAAUUGUCUGAUGAUUUUUAAAAUUUUACCACAUCUAAGUAAGUCCAAUAUAAGAAUUUUUACCAAGUUUCAAGUCUACGUGUAUUUAUAACCAAUUUACAGCAAAAAAUCCCAAAAAUUAAACUUCCUUAAAAGCUCAAAAGUUUUGGCGAUGAUACUGUAAGAAAGUAAAUCAGAAAAGCAACAUAUAAGGUAUCUUGUAAUUUUUCGAUUAAAUCAUUUUUUUCUGGUAUAAAACGUUGUCCGUGUUUUUAUAAAAUAAUGAAAUCAUGAAAUUAUGUUUUCCUACUUAAGUGCUUUUAUUUAAAAAAUGACGUUGAAAAUUAAAAAAAUCACAUUUCUAUCUAAAGUCUAGACAACUUGAGAUUUCAGAAAAGUUGUUAUGCGUAAAAUUGGAACAAACUUACUAGAAAGAAACGUGUCCACAGACUAGAACAAAGAAAAAAAAAAUUAACUGCAUUGGAAAACUAAUAGGCUCCCUCACUACGCUUGGAAUCUAAAACAUUUUUUUCUUUUUUGUGAACUAACAAUUAUGGACUAUAUUUAAAUCCUUGGUCACAUUACAAAACUCUUGUGACAUAAAUAUGCUAUUUUUUGAGAUAGACUUUCACCGAUUACUAUCAUAAUCACUUUGAACCAAUAUAAACACUUACAAUUUUCUGUUAUUAUAUAUUAACAGAUAUAUUUGCCAAAUUUCUUAAUAUUUUCGUUUGUCAUUCACUAAUGUAAACUUUGCCUUAUAGUUAUAUUUUUUGUGGUACUUAUCGGCUGUCGCGACUAUCCAACCAAAUAGUUGUUUGGUAAUAAAUAAACAAAUUGGUUAACAGGACUACUUCAGUAAUGUGAUGAUAAAGAUUUUGAUUAGCGUUUAUUAUUAGUAUUGGUUAUCGGGUAUUCUACCUAUAAUAAUUUUUCACUUUACUUUGUUACUUACCUGAUGUGGUUUUAUACAAAAAAUCGAGGGUUAUUAUUUUUGAUUGAAAAAAAAGGAAAAAUGAAAGGUAGUCGUGAUAACCGAUAGGUACCUUUUUAUGUGUGAUUAUAACAAUCAAAAAAAUACCCAGUAAUUUAAUAUUUUCAAAAAAUAAAUCUCAACUUAGUCAUGAUGCAAACCAAAUAAAUUUAAUUCCUUAUGUUUAUAUAAUUUACUUUUAGUGUCUACAAGUCAAGAUUCAUUGUCAAACUCGCUACUUGAUAAAGACUCUGAAAUAAUUGAUGAUGUAGCUGAUGAUGUUCCUAUAUCACCUUCAGCUAAACGGAGUUUUUUUAAAAAGAAUAUUGAAGAUGGCAUGGAUCGUGUUUUAGAACAAGUAAACUUUGAAAGAAAGUUUUCCUCAUUACCACAAUUUAAACCAGAUGAAUGUAAUUCUCCAAGUGCUAUAUCAGUACCGUCCAGUCCCCAUGUAUUUAAUGCUCAAACAUUCCGCAAGAAGCAAUUACCUGACUGUCACACUCAAGUAGAAACACCAAAAUCAUCAGGGAAACUUGUUGGAAAUACAUUUUUUGGCCCUGAUUUUAAUCCAGAAGCUUAUAGAGGAGUAUUAGAGCAAGAAGAUACAGUGGCAGCUUCACCUAGAACGCCAAAAACACCUAGUGGGCGAAACGAUAGUUCAGCAGCAGAAAAGGGACACAGAAAAAUGUUAGAACAAAGAAGACAAUUAGUUAUGACUUUAUUUCAAGAGCAAGGCAUGUUUCCUUCUACUCAAGCAACCUCGAUAUUUCAAGUAAAUAAUAAUUUGUACAUCAUUAAACUAAACAAGACCAAUUUAAUACAUAUUAUUUAUUUAUUCUGGUAAUGCAAAAAAUUAAAAAUAGGAAAUGGUGACAAUACUGACAAAGUAACAACCAAUAAGUUUUUAGGUUAUAAAAUAAUAACUUCAAUUUUAAUGUGUAGCAUUAUUAUUUUUAUUAUUUUUGGUAAAAAAAUAAAAAUUCUAAUAAUACAACACUGGCAUCUUCCCUUUAUUUAAGGGGAGACAUCAGUGUUGUAAUAAGAAUUUUAAAUUUUAAUUUAGUAAUAAAAAUUUAAAAAAAAAAAUCUAUCCCUUGGUUUUAUCUACAUUUUAAUAUUAUGAAUUUAAUAUAUAAGAUAUUUUGUUCUAGGGUAAUCAUUCUGAUAUCUUCCCGAAUAAAUCAUCACUACAACUUAAAAUACGAGAAGUCCGUCAAAAACUUAUGGCACACAAUACACUGACUCCAAGUAGCGCAAGUGCUUUAAACAGCCCUAAUGAGUCUUCUACAUCGAAUACUCCAAGUAAGAAUUUACGUUUCCACAAGGAGCUCUUGUACUAGACUGAAUUUCAACAAAAAUAUCUAGAACGGUAACUACUAACGAGGUGAUUAUAUAAAAAAAAAAAAAAGUAUGGUCUAAAAUUGUAAAAGAUAUUUCUCAAAUUUCUUAAAUUAAGAGGAUUAGGUAAAAACUGAUUAAUUAAAGAGAUAUAGAUUUUAUUAAAACCUCACUAGGACACAAAAAAUUUUUUUUUUUUUUUUUUUAUAAUUAUAAAAAUUGUUUAUAAAUAAAAUUAACAAAACCAAAGUUGUUGUAACCUAGCCUAAAAUUAUCAGUAUUUCUGUAAAUAAUUUAUUACUUUUCAGCUAUGAAAUAUUAUUCACUAAUAAAAUAUGUGUAAUAUACUAAUAAUACAUACAAAAUCAAUUUUUGAAAUUUACUAUAGUAUUUAUUUUAAAUUUCCCAGUACCCAUAUAGGUCCAAAAUUAUUAAUGAAAUAUUAAAAAUAAAUUUAAAUUAACUGUAUUAUUUUGUUUUGUUUAAUAUCAGAUUCAUCUACACUACCGUCUUCCCAACAAACUUCAGACUUAUGAAAACCAACCAACAUCACUAUGUCAUAGUUACUUUUAGUCUAUGAAAUAUUUUAUUACUCUAUAUAAUAUGAUAUAUAAAUAUAUUAUUAUAUAUAAUUCAUUGAUUAUUUUACAAGACCGAAUGGUAAAAUUCAUUAAAUGUAGUAUAUACAUCAUUAGACUUGUACAAUAUGUUAUUAUUUUAACAAAUAAGAAAACUCGAAUGAAUGAUGUUAAAUGUGUGUGUAUAUAUUUUAUUUCAAUAAAUAGACUGAGGCUAAGAUUCAUUUAUCUAAUGUUAAACCGUGCACGAUAUAUGUUGACACUGACAUUUAAUAUCCUUACCUCAACUGUUUUAUUAUUAAAGUCACAUAAUAUAAAAUGUGUAUUAAUUUAUUGUAAUAAUUAUAUCGAUCUCUAAACUCAAUAAACACAUACACCACCACGAAAGUCUUUCAGAACUUAUUGUAAAUUCUCUUAGUGUUGUUAUACACUUGUUAUUCUUAUUAUUAUGUACAUUUUUCUUUUUUACUUAGUGUAUACUGAUAAUGCUUAAUUAUUGAUAUUUGUGCCAUAGUUCUUAAUGGUAAUUAAUUAUUAUAUUGUUUUCAAUAUUCAGGAUACUCAAUUCUAUUUAAUCUUAACAUGAAAUUAAGCGAUUCAUAUUAAAACAUGGAAAGUUAUAUGUAUUGUUUAUUACAAAGUUGUAUAAUUAAUGUAUAAUUUCUCUUGUUAAAAAUUGUUUUGAAAAUCCAUGCUUUUAAAACUAACAUUUAAUUCAAACAUUAUUAAAAAUUGAAAUUACUGUUUUAAUCUUAAAUUAUUUCGUGUUCAUAAAUUAUAUAUCAUAUCUUUUGGGUACCAGAUAUGUGUAUAUAUAUGUUUAAUUAUGAAGAAAAAAGAUUAACUCUAACCAAAUUUCGCCAAAAUUAAAUAUAUAUUUUUAUAGACAAAAUUUGAUCAAAUAAACAGUUAUUUUAUUUUCAAAGUUUAAGUGCCAUUAUGUAAAGAAAAAAAAUGUAAUACAUUUGUUUUAAAAUGCGGUUUUGCUCAACAAAAAUGCAUUUGUUUUUUAGUUAACUCGGGUACUUUUGCAUAAGUACAACUAAGCCAAUUAUAAUUAAAUUUUUAGUAUGAAAAACAGUUUUAUUAGUUGUUUAGAGAAAAAAUUCAUAUUAUAUGUUAUAUUGUAUACUCAAUACUCAAACUGUGUUAAAUUAUUUUAAGUUUUAAGUAUAAUAGUCUAUGUUACAGGUUAGUCCUUUUAAUGCCUAACAAAUUAAUGUCAACAAAAAAUACCAAUUAACAACUAAUUAAUUUAAUUGUGUAUAUUUUGCAUACCAUUGACAUGUAUAACCAUUAGUGUACCACUGUAAAUCCAAACGUAUAUUACAAUGUUUUAUUAUGUUAAGACAUUUAAUGUGAUUGUUAUAUAAUACAAAAUUGUAUUGUUCAUUAAUUUAUUUAUUUUUAAUAACCAAUUAUACAGAAAAAUCUGGACAGAACAGAGGUACCUAUAUAAUUCAAAACUCACUUAAAUUACUCUAUUGUUUAAUACUAAAUCACCUUAUUAGUUAUACAUUACAUUGUUCUUCUCCGAGCUACAUCUGUAUCUGUUAAUUUGAAUUUAAAUGUAUAUCUACCUUAUCGCUUUUUUUUUUCUCACACUUUCCACUAAUUUUAAUGUCAGUAAUAGUAAUCAUAUAUUAUAUUAUAUAUUCACUUGUAGUACAGUGGGUAAACAUUUUUAAAAAAGGGGACCACCUGUUUUGUGUGACAAUUAAAAUUAUUAAUAUUAACCUUCUAUAUUUUGUUGUUAAACAUUAACCAUAAUAUAUGAUUAGAACUGAUUUCUUCUAAACUUUUGUUAAUCCUUUAUUAUUAUUUUAACAUUAUAUAUAUAUAUAUAUUUGAUGUCUAUUUUUUUCAUAUUACAAAAUUGACUGUUUCUAUUAGUAUUAGUUUUUUUUUUUUUUUUUACGUUAUUAGUUAUUUUUAAUUACAUAAUAUAUAUUUUUAAACAAAACAAACAUUAUUUUAAGUUGUUGUUAAUUGAAAUUUUUUUUCCAUAUAUCAAUUAUUGAUACACUUACAUAAAAUAUAAUAUUAUUAUUAUUAUUAUUAUUAUUAUUAUUAUUAUUAUUAUUAUUAUUAUAUUAUUAUUAUUAUUAUUAUAGUGUAUAAAAAAACAUAUUAUAUUUCAUGUUUCAUUUUUGAAUAAUGUAUUAUUUUCGUUGACUUAAUUAAUUAUAAUUAUAAAAAAAGAUAAAUCUUCUAUAUCAUUUAGAAUCACAAAAAUGGCAAUAUUUAUACAUAAAUAUAUAUUAUAUUUUUUAUUUAGAUAUUUACAUAUAAUAAAUAACAUCAAUUAUAUGGUAGAAUUAUCAAUAAAUCUAUACAUGUGUAUGAAUGUUUAAAUAAUAUAUGUG